AUGUCUCGCCGCUCAAAACCACUAGUUCUCGCUAUCUUCAUGGCGAUUGCGUUUCCGAUGAUGAUCAACGCAUUGGAUUCUCCAGCCGCAAGAAAACUCGAUGAGGAGCCAAUAAAGUGCACGCCAUGUCUUCAAAAGCCUCCUCCUCCUCCUCCAUCACCUCCACCACCCACUACAAGAAAACUAGUAUAUAGCCACAAUUCAUCUACAAACAUUUCGUGGCGAUGA